AUCACAUGUAGCGGUAGCGGUAGCAGCUCAUGCUUUCUCGUUCAUGUGGCUACAGACAAGAUGGAAGAGACAGCAAAAAUGAAGCAAAGCACUACUUCACAAGAAUUACUUUCAUGUGGCAGUGGAGCAGCUAUCCAUGAAAAACUCCUGUUGAAAUCCAAAGUACCUAACGGUGGUGGGCCGUCCUCUCUGCAGACCACCAGACUUCCCAGAAGUAGCGUGUUGGACAGACUCCAGAGUUUCCUACCACAGAUUGCUCAGGCUAACGAGUCCUUGAAACAGCAGAUGGAAUCAAAUCCUGCGGGUCACUUUGACAUAGAAAACACUGACGAUACUGAAAAAGUAAUUGAAAUGGAUGUAGCACUUGUUGAACUGGAUGACUCGGACAGCGAUGCUGAAUCAUCGGAGGCUGACAGCUCUGAGGACUCUUCGGCCAGCGAAGAGGAAGAGGAGAAGCUCAAACUACCCGGAGACUGCAAGAGAAAAAGAAGAGCCAACAUUGAGGUUCUCGAGAAAGAUGGAGUGUAGUUUAACACACAGCCUUUCUCUUUGAGCACGGGACUCUGCAAUGUAACAUGGAUGCUGAGACAUCCGGAGGGCUAGAGGUCUUUUGCAGCCGUUUUGGUUUUGUCACAGUUUGUGACCUGUAUCUGUUCAUCAUGAGUUGAAUUCAUGCGAAGGGGACUUCAUUUGAAAUUUGCGCAGCGGAGAGGACGCUAGCCUUUGAAGCUGAUGUGAGCUUGCACCUCACACGGAGGGUAAGAUUUUUUUCUCAGUGGAAUCUGUGCAAGAGACUAUCUCUGUCCUGUGUUGCAGAGGUGGAGUCUUCCUCAGCAACGAUGGCCAUAUAUCUUGGUCCAGAGGAUGGAACAUUAUGCAACAUUAACAUACAUUCUUCUACUAUUCACCAUUUUUUUUACCGCCUUUUUUUUAGAUCAAGUCAUAGUUUUAGUUGCACGUUUUAUCAUGGUGCUAAUAAGUUAAAAUGUUCUUGGGUAAACCCUGCUAUAUUCAGGAUCUGCCUCCAAAUGCUUACUUUCAUUAAAGAAGUGAAUAUUUAAA